CUCUGAUUCCCUCCUGCUCCAACAGCCCAACACAGCUGGGAGAGCUGAUCCCAAAACUCCCUUCAUGGUUGAGUCCACUGAAGAGACAGGACGCAGAUUGGAGAUGCAGCCGGGCAUGCAGGUUCCUUAUUCCCUGGAGAUGGGCUCCUUCCCUCACUUCUACUCGCCUGUCCACGCCGGCUCCACGUCCGYGAGCCCCUCGUCGAGCGUCCCGCCCGGCAGCGCUGCGGACGGCGCUCACAGCUACCUCGAGGUGCCCGCGGGCGCCUCGCGGGCGCUGCCGUCGCCCAUGAACGCCAUGGGCUCGCCCGUGGGCCCGCUGGGCUCGCCCUACCGCGUCAUCGCCUCCUCCCUGGGCUCCCACUCCGUCUCCCUCUCCUCGGCCCCCGGCAUGAACUUCAUGACUCACGCCAGCCCGCAGCUCAAUGUCCUGAGCAAUGUCAGCAGCUCGGAAGACAUCAAGCCCUUGCCAGGUCUCCCAGGGAUCGGAAGCAUGAAUUACCCCUCCACGAGCCCAGGAUCCUUAGCCAAACACAUCUGUGCCAUCUGCGGGGACAGGUCCUCAGGGAAGCACUACGGGGUGUACAGCUGCGAGGGCUGCAAGGGCUUCUUCAAGCGGACCAUCCGCAAGGACCUGCUCUACACCUGCCGCGACAACAAGGACUGCCUCAUAGACAAGCGCCAGCGCAACCGCUGCCAGUACUGCCGCUAUCAGAAGUGCCUCGCCAUGGGGAUGAAGAGGGAAGCUGUGCAGGAGGAGAGGCAGCGGAGCCGGGAGCGGAGCGAGGCCGAAGCGGAGUCCACAAGCGGCGGCAGCGAGGACAUGCCCGUGGAGAGGAUCCUGGAGGCCGAGCUGGCCGUGGAGCCCAAGACAGAGGCGUACGGCGACGUGAGCACAGAGAGCUCGACCAAUGACCCCGUCACCAACAUAUGCCACGCCGCUGACAARCAGCUCUUCACGCUCGUCGAAUGGGCCAAGCGCAUCCCCCACUUCUCCGACCUGACGCUGGAGGACCAAGUCAUCCUCCUCCGGGCAGGCUGGAAYGAGCUGCUGAUCGCCUCCUUCUCCCAUCGCUCCGUGUCGGUGCAGGACGGCAUCCUGCUGGCGACGGGCUUGCACGUGCACCGCAGCAGCGCACACAGUGCCGGCGUGGGCUCCAUCUUCGACAGGGUUCUGACGGAGCUGGUGUCCAAAAUGAAGGACAUGCAGAUGGACAAGUCGGAGCUGGGGUGCUUGCGAGCCAUCGUGUUGUUUAACCCUGAUGCCAAGGGCUUGUCCAGCCCUUCAGAGGUGGAGUCACUGCGGGAGAAGGUCUACGCCACGCUGGAAGCCUACACGAAGCAGAAGUACCCCGAGCAGCCGGGACGGUUCGCCAAGCUGCUGCUGCGCCUGCCUGCGCUGCGCUCCAUCGGGCUCAAGUGCCUGGAGCAUCUCUUCUUCUUCAAGCUCAUCGGGGACACCCCCAUCGACACCUUCCUAAUGGAGAUGCUGGAGACCCCUCUGCAGGUCACUUGAGGCUCUGGCCAGCGGAGUGGCCCCCAGCCCUGCCGGGGCCCUGUGUGUCCUCCUUCCCCACUGCCCCAGCCCUUGGGGGGCUCCAGAGGCGUCCCCCACUCCGCUCCUCCGCAGCGGGAUCGUCGCACAGCUGGAACCGCCCUCGAACCCUCCCUCACCCGGCCCCAGGGCCCCUGCGGAUUCUCCCACCAGCUAACCAGCCACCUGCCCCCUGCCCUGUACAGAUAAUCACUUUAAAUUAUUUUUUCACUCUCAAUAAAGG